GUCUGAUGCGGUCCUCAGCAAUCAGCAUGACUUUCUUCCACCACCACCCUCUCCUACUCUCGAGCCUGGUCCAGCUACAGAUACGAGCCCAGCCGAUAUCAUCCUCGAUCAGAACCCUCGCAACACUCUCGACAACAACAACAACAUCAUCAUCAUCACCAUCAUCCAGCACCCCGACUGAACCCACCACAUCAGAAGCCACUAUCCCCCAGUCUACGCCCUCCCAAUCUCCCACAUCGAUCACCGAGCUCAUCAACCCGCCUCAAAAACCAUGGAUGCCGGGUCUCCGUAGAACUGGCGUGCUUGCUCGUAAGCGCGGAAUGACGAGCUUUUGGGACUCGGAUGGAAUCAGGAUUCCAGUGACCGUUUUGGAGCUGGAGGAUGUUCAGGUGGUCGGACAUAAGUACAAGGAACGAGACAAUUACGAUGCGAUUCAGAUCGGUUGUACCGACAAGUUCUCGAGAAACUCGAUCCAUAACGCCCAAUUAAAAUACUAUAAACAUCUUGAUCUGACCCCCAAACAAAAAGUUACUGAAUUCGUCGUCUCGAAUCAUCAAUGUUUUUCUCCUAUCGGUACUUCGAUCUCCGCGGCGCAUUUCGUACCCGGGCAGUUUGUAGACGUAAAAUCGAAUUCGAAGGGGAAAGGGUUUGCAGGAGUGAUGAAAAGAUGGGGGUUCAGUGGAGGAAAUGCAUCGCAUGGUUCGACUAAACAUCAUCGGAAAGCAGGCUCCACAGGACAGCACCAAGAUCCUGGGCGAGUAUGGCCGGGGAAGAAGAUGGCAGGAAGAAUGGGAAACCAGCCGGUGACGGUCCGGAACCUAUUAGUGGCCCGGAUCGACACAGACAUGAACCUGAUUUAUGUGAAGGGUCAGGUGCCUGGGCCGAAGAAGGCCUUCGUCCGGGUCACCGACGCCGAGAAGGGUGUCCAUAGGGUCGGCCAACAUUGGAUCCGCAAAGGCUGGAACGUCCAUAAUCAGGCCCUCCUCCCAGGCCAUAUCAAGGCCCUCCCUUUUCCUACUAUCGAUACUCGCUCCGCCGCCAAUCUCCUCCCCGAUCAAAUCUCUCUCUCUGCUCUUAGUAAACUUAAAAAUACCAAGGCUGUCGAAUAGACCCCCCUUUCCACCAUUCAAGAUUUUUUUUUUUUUCAUCCUCCCUUUAUCUAUCUCUUCAACGUUUUUCUCCAUAUAAGUAUUUCAGAAAAAGGUGAUAGCAGUCACAGCAAUGAACAGCUAGCAAAUACCAGUG